AUGGUCCUUAUUGACGGCACAUCGACUAUCACUCUUCGGAGUGGAGCAUCCACAACAUUCGGCGGAAAGACAAUAAGUGCGUUGGAUUCUGGCGACGGAGUGGCGAUUGGCGAGCCGAUCACGAGUCUCUUCAACCCAGUACAAGUCCAAGUCACUCUUGGGAGCGGUGGUAAUGUCAUCACGGCUAUAGCCACCAACAGCUCUGUGAUUCUGCAGGUCGGAUCAUCCACCAUCACUAUUGGCAACGGUGCACAGACGACCAUCGCUAGCCAGACUGUCAGUGUCCUACCCGGCGGCAAUGGUGUAGUAUUCGAUGGGUCAAUCACGAGCACGUUUGGGGCAUCGUCGACAGCUCCGCAGGCAGGUGCUUACCCGACUCCGGCGAUUCCAUCUGCGACCACUAGGACCCUCAGUACUGGGAGUGCUCAACAGGCGAGCGUCACGAUCAGUAGUCUUGUUCCGGGCGGCGGCGCAUCUCCAUCCAUCAAUGACGCGGUGCCAAUUGCUGCACCUCAGACUGGUCUUGCCGGCCCACAAUCAAGCUCCCAGUCGCUUGACAGCUCCGCAAUGCCUACUCCUGCCGCCAGCUCAGAUGACGACCUCCCAUGUCCCAUUCCUGGGGCAUCCUAUGGCUACACUGUCCCAUCAAGCGGCAGUCAAUAUGUCGUUCAGUGUAACACGACCCAUGGAGGCUCUGUGUACCAGAUUCUCAUGACGGCGGAAAUAGGCGCCUGCCUUGAUGCAUGCAACGACGAUAUCCGCUGCGACGCUGUAGGCUAUGACCUUGGGGCAGACCUCUGCUAUGAGUACAAUGCGCUAUCUGCAGGGAACGGAUACUUCUCGCCUACGAUGCACUUUGCCCAGUUGAGGUCACGAGCGGUGGUCAAGGAUGGUUUCACGUCGCUCGAACCAGUAUUGAUCUCGACGUACUCUACUAGUGGUCUGAUGACCAGCUAUCCGAGCAAUGGGGCACCUAUUUUGACACCAUCUCUUAUUACCUCGGUGCGCGGCGGCAUCACGACGCUCUCGACUUACACCACGCUUGUCGGCUCUUCCACCGUUGCUCGGACGCAGACCAUCGUCAAUGGAGGUGUGACCUCGAUCAGCACGACCUAUGCCACCCCCAACUCGGGGCCGUCGCUGGCUGCGUCGAUUUUACCUGCGUCCUCUCCGACGCCUUCGAGCAUCUUGAGCAACGCGGGCAGUGCAGCGGUACCUGUCACUUACGGCAGUCCCAUUACGACAAUGACCACUGUCCUUGGUGGUCAAACUUUGGUAUCCACAUAUGCUACACUCUCUGGAUCGUCCACGGCGGUCGAAACCUCGACUUCGGUCUUAGGUGGUCAGACUCUGACUAUUACCGCCUACGUCACACCAACGACGACCGUAGGACAAGUAGGUUCCAUCGGUCAGUCUAUCGUUUCACAGACUUCCUCUGGAUCUAGUGCCAUGCCAGGUAUCGUGACCGUGGUCGCAGACCCCAGCAACACAGCACCUCUCACUAUCGGCAGCCAGAUCGCCAUACCCAUUGCAUCUGGUGCAUAUGUUCUGCCUAAAGGAGCCACCCUUGCUCCUGGCGGUUCGGCUGCAACGAUUGUUGGUACUACGUACACUCUUGCUCCAUCAAGAAGCCCUGCUCCCGGUAUUGCCACGUUGACAGUACCAUCAGGCACGAGCGUGCCGAUUACUAUUGGAGACCAAGUUGCAUCACCAGUCGCUUCCGGCGCCUACGUACUCCCCAACGGAAGCACUCUUUCUGCUGGUGGUCCUGCGGCGACGAUCGACGGUGUCACCUACACUCUUGCACCGAAUGCGGCCCAAGACCAGGGCAUUGUCACCUUGACUGUCAGUUCUGGUCAGAGUGCUCCGAUUACGGUUGGCAGUCAGCUUGCCACUCCAAUCGCAUCUGGUGCGUUUGUUCUUCCCGGUGGUCAAACGCUUUCCCCUGGUGGCUCUGCCUUCACAUCGGACGGCGUUGCGUAUACCUUAGCCCCAUCAAACCCCACGCUGAUCACCUUGACGCCUGGUUCCGUGCAAGAUUCACUCAUCAUAGUCGGCACUCAGAUCGCUACACCCAAUGCUUCUGGUGCCUUUGUGCUUCCUGGAGGCCAGACAUUAUCGGCAGGGGGCCCUGCCAUCACGGUCGACGAUGUCGUCUAUACCUUAGCACCAUCGGCUGCUGCUGUCGCUUCAUCUGUCAUCACCUUGACAGCAGGCCAGUUCCCGAAUGCACCCAUUACUAUCGGCAGUCAAGUCAUCACGCCCGCUUCUGGAGCCUAUGUUUUACCUGGAGGACAGACACUUACCCCAGGCGGAUCCGCAGUCUCUUUUGAUGGCGUUGUAUACACCCUGCCGCCAGUAGCGACCCCGAACCCAUCAGCGAUACUCACUCUCACGAGCGAUCCGCGCCAAAGCACUCUCCUCGCCAUUGGUGGUCAGCUAGCCACACCAUUGCCUUCGGGAGCUUUCGUGCUACCUGACGGCCAGACUCUGUUCCCCGGAGGUCCAGCUGUAACGGUUGAUGGUGCUGUGUACACUCUGGCACCCGCGACAAGCCGGAUUCAGCCCGGUAUCGCUACGCUGACUGCCGGAUCCCUGCCUAUCUCCAUUGGCAGUCAAAUCGUCAGUCCAAUUGGACCGGGCGUUGAUGUGCUUCCAGGCGGUCAGACAUUGUCGCCUGGAGGCUCAGCUGUCGCACUUGAUGGAACGACAUACACCCUCGCACCAGCACCAACUCGAGCGGCCGACGCGUUCACUUUGACUGAAGCUGGUGGUUCGGCACCACUGAUCGUCGGUGGGCAAACGGCAGCACCGAUUGGACCUGAAACUUAUACGCUUCCCAAUGGACAGUCACUCUACGUUGGUGGUCCUGCCGUCACGUUGAAUGACGCGACAUACACGCUGGCAUCACCGACUAGUCAAACGCCAGCGAGCGUGGUCACGCUUUCUCCUGGGUCAGGAAAUGCUGCUGUCAUCACAUUUAAUGGACAAGCCAUAUCUCCGGCGGCUUCUGGUCAAUACGUGCUGCCAGGAGGUCAGACCCUGUCUCCGGGAGGCUCAGCUGUGGUCCUUGAUGGCACUACCUACACAUUGCCUGGAUUUGCCACUUCUACCACUACGCGGAACAUUCCGGUCCCCGCUGGACUUACCACGGCGAUACCAGGCGCAUCUCAAGGAAGCAGUUUCGUUCUGCUGUUACCAGGAUCUACGAUUGGUCCUGGAUCUUCAGCAGUAUACUCUGGUACGACAUAUUCGUUGCCGACUUCGGGCAGUGGACUGUACACCAAUGGCCAGUCCGUCGCCCUUCCCACUACAGCACCCGGAUCGCCUAUCACGUUGUCCAACGGUGUCGUUAUCGAUUCAGCAACAACGUUCAGCGGCGGUGUCUCCAGUGGUGAGCCUCUGGUAAUAUUGCCGGGAGUCACCCUAUUGCCUGGCUUAGCAGCUGUCAUAUCGAGCACAGCCUACUCGCUUCCUACCUCGGGUAACAAUGUCUACAUUGAUGGAUCGCCGUAUGCUAUUCCGACAGUGGCUCCUGGCGCUCCGAUCACUCUCCCGAACAGUGUCGAAGCAACACCGACAGUUGUGCCUAAUGUGGUUCUUGGCACGCAGACUCUGUUGCCAGGAGGCGCACCUUUGACAGUCUCCGGGAGUACGUACUCAUUGAGCGGCAGCGAAGUCGUGGUAGCAGGGCCAUCGACUACAUUCAAUGUGGCUUUGACUGGACAAGCUCCAAGUCCCUCUCAAGCAUCGUCAACUUCGAUAAAUGGAGAAGCCGCUUCACCCGGCACACCACCAGCAUUGACGAUCCAUGGCAGCACAUACACUGCACAGUCUACUUCUGCUGGUCAGCUCGCUAGCUACUUGGUCAACGGCCAAGUUCUGACGCCAGGAGGCACGAUCGCGAGCACCGACACCGUUGGAGCACUUGAGACACUUUCUCUUGACCCUGCUGUGGGGCCGCAGAGUAUAGCUCAAAGCACCACGAGCAUUCCUCAGGCCUCGGCCUCUGUCCUUUCAACUGCUACGCCGAUUCUGACCGUCGACGGCAAUACUUUCACGCCCAUUUCAUACACACCUGGUGGCCUACCGACGUAUGUAGUCAACAGCCAGACGCUUACGCCAGGCGGCACAAUUAUCGCCACGGACUCAUCUGGUACCUUGGAGACCCUGUCACUUGUCCCAGCGGGGACUGCGGUCGUCGUCAUUGCUCAAAGCACGACGAUUACUUCUCAACUCAUCGAAUCAGCCCCGACGAGUGCUCCAGCCUUGACGGGAGCUCCAAUCUUGGCGGAUGCUCCUCUGAUCACGAUCGGCGGCACGACGUACACUGCAGUGUCAUACACUCAAGGCAGCCGACCCACUUUCCUAGUCAAUGGCCAGACUCUGUCGCCUGGAGGGCAGAUCAGUACUCCCCUGUCGAAUGGUGUAACUGCUGUUUCAUUGGAUCCCACUGGAUCUUUCAUAGCAUUCGUCGCGCCCAGCACCACACUCGUCUCGGAAAUUGCUCUAGCACCUACGCAUGGGCCAGAACAAGUACCGCUGCCAGUUCUGACCAUCAAGAGCAAUACCUACACUGCAGCCCCGGACUCUGGAGUUGGUGUGCCUACUUAUGUAAUACAAGGGCAGACUCUUACGCCCGGAGGACAGAUAAGCACCUCAAUGCAAGGCGGCGUGAAUGCCAUCUCACUAGAUUUAUCUGGCUAUGCUUUGAAAUCCAUCGCAGAGACCACUACAAGAAUGUCUCAAAUCGCUUCAUCGGCAUUGAACAGCCCAGCAACAACGAGUGCUCCAGUGCUGAGUAUUCAUGGCAACACGUAUACAGCAAUGGCGAACACCGCAGGUGGUCUACCUACGUACAUGAUUGAAGGCCAGACUUUAACGCCCGGAGGCAUGAUCUCUACGGCGCUUCCUGGAGGUGUUACAGCUAUCUCUCUAGAUCCUGGAGGAACGGCUGUAGCCUUCGUCGGCCAGACCAGCACAAGCACAUCGCGAUUAGAUGUUUUGAGUACCUCCACUGGCUCGCCUUCCACCAUCCCGCCAGUCUUGACGAUCAACGGCGACACGUUCACUGCUGUCUCAUAUGCUCAAGGUGGUCAGCCCACCUACCUCGUGAAUGGGCAGACAUUGACUCCGGGAGGUCAGAUCUCGACGACACUCCCCGGAGGCAUCAGUGCCAUCUCAUUGGAGAGCACGUCAAGCGCCCUGCAGUUCCUUGGGGACAACACGGUGCUUACUUCGCAGAUCACCACGUCGACGAUCGCUGCAUCAGGAACAGACCCAUCGGACAUGCCAACAUUGACAUUCAAUGGCGAUACAUAUACUGCGACUGUGUUUAGCGAUGACGCUGGCGUUGCGUACAUCAUCGAUAGCCAGACAUUGAUGCCCGGUGGCGCCAUUACCCUUACCGGGUCAAAUGGUGUGAACACGGUCCAGUUCGACAAUGCCGAUUCUUCACUCAUCGCUUCGAAUGCUGAUAGCACCACGACUCUCGCGGCACCAGGGUUCAACGUUGUUAGCCAAACGGAUGUCUCAACCCAGUCAAUGCCUGCUGCGCCGGCGCAAAGUAUUGGCUUCCAACCGACUGCUCAGCCCACUGGAUCGCAAGAGCAGCCUACGCUGAGCCCUGUGCCAAGCGUCCCGACACCUUCUGCUACAUCCUCCGAGACUGCUAUCAGUCUUUCAGCUGCUACAUCACCGUACGUUACGAGCUCUAUGUCUUCGCGUUCCCGUACAAGGACAACGUCAAGCGCUUCCGGCCUCGUUGAGAGCCAAGGACCAAUGACCACCUACAUGUCUGGCGGUACGACUUUGGCAACCACCAUUGGAGGUAGCACAAGGAUUAUGUCGAUGAGCACCCGGGUCAUGAUCACAACACCAAUGGUCGUCGUAACACUGACAGAGGAUGGGUCCACAAGCAUGUCAAUAUCGACAGGGUCUGCGUACUCGAUCACAAGAGACGCCACCGUUCGGACGAUGGUGAUGGGAGGCGUCAGGACAUCCUACGUGACUGGCGGUACGACCGUGGUGGCACCAAGUACCCUGAUUGACCCUUCUAGUGCCCCGUCAGCCACAAAUGUGGUGGCCGAACAACGCAUCGGGAUGUGUCCUGAGUAUAAUGGCUUACUGUACAGCUCCGAAGAACGCUCCGGGUCAGCGCUCGUCACUUGCGGCAAUAUCUACGAAGGUCAAGUGGCGGCCAAUGACACGGAGGUCGAUGCAGAGGGCUGUGAUUACUCUUGCGUCGAUAUGUUGGAUUGUAUGGCUUUCUCAUACACCGAGAACGGCUGCAACCUCUACAGCGACGUAUCUGGGAUGCGCAUCAGCGAGGUUCCUGUGUUCUCGGCGCUACGCCUUCGAACGGUGCAGAAGGCUGUCGAUACAACUACGCUUAGUGCUAUGCCAUCGACUACGGCAACGACUUCGAGUGGCUUCAUGUCUAGUCUGGCUAGCUUGUUCAGCAGUGCUCUGGGUCGUUCGAGCACUGACCUGAGCACCACCACGAUAUCGAGUGACUCCAGUCCAGUAUCAAGUAACCUUCCAUCAGACGAGUCACCAUCCACCGAUCAAGAAGCCAGCUCUGGUGCUUCAGGACCAGCCACAUUGACAGACAUGGACAUCGAGCCGGGCCAGACUACGUCUGCGGUCACGGGAACGUCGAACCUGGCGGAGACCAUAACUUCAACCGGCGAAGAGCCUUUGGUGAAGACUAUUCAUGAAGGAUCUACUCUCACCUACGAAUCGGAUGGAACAACCUACACCAGUGUAGCACAAAGCGAGAUUGUAACAUUCAUGCCGGAUUCUGAGGUUCCGAUCAGCCAACAAGACACUACUUCGCUGGCCGGAGCAGGCCCUUCUAGCUUCAUCAUAACAUACAUCACUGGCGGCAGUACUUUGACUUAUGUUUCCGCUGGCCGGACAUACACAUCAGUGGAGGGAGAAAGCGUAAUUGCAUCAAGUGGUUUUGGUGUUGCACCGACGCCGCAGCUACCCAACAUGGAGGCAACAUCAAACUUUGGCACGACACCACUCUUCACAGCGACUUUCGUCACAGGUGGGAGUACAACGACUUUCUCCUCAGGUGGACAGCUAUACACCUCUGUUGAUGGUGGAACCAUCGUCGAGACCGUGGCUGAUGGUCCUCUUUUGUCCGACCUGCCAUGUCAAUCAGGCUGUCUUCUGCCCACGACGGCGGUCCCUGGAGCAUCAGCCAGCUCUGCUACAUCCGGUGCACAGAGCAUCGCUAACGACACACUCAUAGCCGCUGAAGGCUCGAUCGGAGCUACGGAUCUGCCCGCGUCGACAGGAAGCCUGGCCGACAGCUCAGAUCUGUCAGGAUCGACCUCCGACAGCACGCCGUCUCUCGCAGCCAGUCAUUCGACAAGCUCGCCGCCGAGCAUAUCUGUUCCGGAUCUUGAAGUGACUAUGAGUUUGCCAUCGAUCACUCCGGCUUCGAUAACUGAACUUGGAACCAUCUCGACCGUCUGGGGCUUUCAAAUCUCGUAUGCAUGGCCUUCGAUGGUCAUAGUGGAUGGAAGCAUCACUGUUACAUCCACGCCAAGCCCCACGAGCGGAGCUGGUAGCUCGGCGCCGACCUCAAUGACAAGCUCCGCCUCCAGGACCGUCACUACCAACGCAGAGACGGAAUUGAGUUCGUCGAGUUCAGCUGACGAUGCUUUUUCGAUCAGCGCAACAGGGCCAUCUUCUAGCCUGUCCGCCUCGCCCUCUAGCAUGUGUCAAGCAGAUACAGUCGGGGGCCAGGUUUUGCAGAAUAGCGACUUCUGUACGGAUGACAUGAGCGGUUGGAGCAGUGGUAUUUCGUCAGAAGUCGACCCUGCUGGCAACACAUCUGCGCCAGGUAGUACUUCGUCAGGACGAGCAACAGUCGCUGUCAUCAGUCGUCGUGCAGUGAUCUCCUACGCACGAUCCACGACAGAAGAGCCGACCUCCGCAUGGAUAGGGCAGCCUAUCAAUGCCACCGAGGGAGGUGUAUACAACGUGACAGCCAAUCUCUGGAUCACCAUGCCGGACGAUACUAGCUCUGUCAGUUUCGUAAUGCUUCAACUUGGCAACACGACCGUUUUCAGCACCGGCAAUAUCACCGCUUCGCAGAACUACACUAUAAGCGUAAAUGGAGCGGCUACCUCGGACAUGACAGCCUUCCGCCUGAUCUCGGCAUACUCUGGUGAGCAGGAGGGUGCUGUAGCAUUGGACAAUGUCUACGUCUCGUUUGGAUCAAGCAAUGCGCCUUUGCCGGUGAACAGCGACACUCACAUUGCAAUGACCGCAACUUCGAGUCCUGACACCACAAAUACAGCGCUAUCUGAUUCUACAUUGGCUGCAUCGUCAGGCGAGGACCUUUCUCCGCUAUCGUCAUAUGCCUUGGGUUCGGGGCCUGUAGCGGCUGACAGCGGCACUCAAACCGCCAUGACCACACCUUCAAGUCCUGAUAUUACAGCUUCGACGCUUUCCGGCGCUACAUUUACUGCAUCACCAAGCCUGGAGCUCCUUCCGUUAUCGUCCAUGUCGGCCUCGGAGCCAUAUCUCCCAUCGACGAGCUCGCCGGAUAUGGACACGGCUGCACAACCGCUGACGGCCGACCUAUCAGCCGCCGAUCUUUCCUUGGUCUCUCAAUCGAGCUCUGUAAUAUCCACACAGUUGCCUACGAGCUCUACCGCAGCCACGGACUUGACGUUAGGUGUUAUUGCAUCUAGCGAUGCAACGCAGUCACCUGCAGAGGACAGUCACUUGGCCUCUUUGACCGACUCUGCUACAUCGGGGCCUACCCCUGUGGAUAUCACCACAUCCCAGGCUAGUAUGGGCUCCGCUGGGCCCCAGGCUUCCGACUUGGGCGCCAUCGUCUCAUCUACAAGCACUUCUAGCCUGACGACCUUGGCUGCUGCACUUCCAACAGUCUCCGGCUCUGCUGUCUGUCCAGAUAAUGAUGGAAAUACCUACGACGCCACCGAUGGCUCACAAUACACCGUCCUCUGCAACCAAGAAUACGAUACGCAAAGAAUGAUGACAGUCGAUUCUCCAACCCUAGACGACUGUAUCAAUCAAUGCGCAGGCCAAGCGCAAUGUAUGGGCACGACUUACUCAAUCGCGAACGGUACCUGCCAGGUCAGCUCCAGCAUGUCUUCGAGCAACAAGCAGUCCAAUGCUAGAGUGGCUAGCGUGUUGCGUGUUCGAGCUCCCACUGUUGCACAGGCUAAUGUUCAGACUGUCCUUAAUCCGACGUUCAUUGAUGACACUCUUUCCCCAUGGGUCGCUGCUGGUGCAUCGGACGGCUCGAACUUCGCCGCGAUCAGCAACACCGCUUCCGCCAGCUUCAACUUCUCACAGUUGGCCAAUGAAAAUGUGUACAAUGGCGGUACACCACAAGCGACCGUCUGGCUGCGACAGUGGGUCAAUGUCACCAUGGGAUACUCCUACUUCGUUUCCAUGAACGUCAACUUGACCAACGGAGGAGACAACACUUGUCAGAUCGGUAUGAUGUCUGGCGUCCAGAGUCUUGUGUCGUAUAGCUUCCCAGUCGGUCAAUCAUAUUACGGGUCCAUCAACGGUAGCGGAAUCAUUACGAAUGAGGGCACGGAUUAUGCCAUGAUCUACGGCUCUUGCUCAGGCAACUUCGAUACCACGAUCAGCGUUUUCAAUAUCGUCUGGAACGCCUGGCCACCAGUAUCAAAUGUUGCUAGUACCGACAACGGGGUCUCUUCCGGGUCGCCUAUCAACAUGGAAGCGCCAGCCACUUUGACGAGUCAACUGCCGCAAAUGGAUAUAAACACUCAACUGCCAGCGCCAGUCAGCAGCCUCGACGAAGUCACUUCUUCUGCUACGCAACCAAUCGUGGCAAUUGGAGACUUGCCGUUCUUUGCGCCAAGCACGACUACUACAAUAUCGCUCAACAAUGCGGAGAGCACAAUCGAAGCGACUACUGGCGGCGCUGUCAACGGUCUGAGCAGCAUCAUCGAAGAGAUCUCAUCGUCAGCAGUCAAUCCGACCUCGGUUCCAGCCGCGGAUCUGACUUCUUCAAACACGUUGAUCACCGGCAGCGAUGCCAUUCCCUCGUCUAUGAUAUCCGAUGCCACAGCGACGGUGCCAAAUAGUAACGAGGCCCCGAAUACCAACCUUGUGGACAGCACACCAUUGUCUUCGAUAUCAUCCAAGGCACCAUUUCCUACAGCGAGCUUCGAAGUUGCUAUCCAGACGAGCAUCGCGAUCAGCACCGAAAGCACCUCGCCUGCUACACCACCUGGCAGUGGUAUAGGCUUUGGCACACCAAUAGUAUCCAGUGGCAUCAACCAACAGGCAUCGCCCGUUGCUACCUUGAUCAACUCCCAGACAUCAGCCACGACAUCCAUACUGACGGACUCUGUCCCUUUCCUGUCUACUAGCAGCACGGGCAUUAUGGCCUUGCCAUCGUCCAGCAUGCUGGGUCUGGGAUCAAUCAGCUCCAGCGCGACUGCAGUGAUUGCGAAUCCAUCAGCGGUUGUUCCUUCCUCCGUGGCCUCUCCAGCGGCUCCCACCAGCACACUCUGUCCAGGCUACAGCAAUUGCACGUACACAGGUCGUGAUGGAUCUACCUACCUCAUCGUGACCGCGCAAGUAUACGAGUCUUUGACCAUCCCCGGCAUUCCAGCUUUUCUGGCUGUCAGUCUUGCUGUCUGCAUAGACUUCUGCACCUUGCAAGGGACUCAAUGUCAAGGUGUGAGUUGGAGGCCAGAUACACAGCAGUGUCGACUCAAGGCCAACAUGAUCCCCACGGGCAACACAACGUAUCCGUCCGUCGGUGCGAUCAGAAUGAGCAGCUCGCUUGCGAUCUCGGCGGAAGUGCUUGUGAACGGCGCUUUCGCGGCUGGAAUGGCUAGCUGGACCACGUUUACGACGGGGGUUACGGAUUUGGUGGUGAGGCUGUUGAACUUGGUCUUGGGGAUCUUGGGCGGGGGAGUUGGUUGCAUCGCCCGGCUUCCAGGUCUUGGCGGGCUGCUCAACACGCUACUCAGCCCGCUUGAGCUCGUUCUGGUGCAGACCGUCAACGUCGCCGCCGGCUACUCCUUCUUCCUCCAAGCCGAUCUCAUCAUCGUCAACGCCAACUUCAACACCGACGCAUCUUGCUGGAUCUACUUCCGCUCCGAGAACGAAGUCCUUUGGUCAGGCCUGUAUGACCGCACCUCCACGGCAAGCACGAUCUAUGGAAGCGGGACGCUCGCGGCUGUGGCAACUAGAUUCCAAGCGGCCGCUCAGUGCAAUGGCACGACAGAUCUGACCGUCACCUUCGACAACCUCUCGUGGAAAACGUACCCUCGCGCGAUAGGGAUCAGUCCGAUCAAUCUGCAACCCAUGUUUGCACUUACCAACAGCGCCUUCAAUACUGCUCUAGGCGCAGCCAAUGGUGCCUGGAGAAUUGGCGCUGGCACAACAAGCACUAUCGCCACCACGAUAUCUGGAGGUCUAGCAUCAAUGUACUGGGGCGCAAUCUCCGCCACGCCGACCAUCUCUACACUGCUACAGGAUCUGGCCGUCGGCGCUCAAGCAAACCAGAACUUCGCGUUGACCGCGUUAGUGACAGUCACGAUCCCGCCUGGUCUGCUUGGUGGCCUUGCGCUUUGUUCUGCAGGGAUCUACUUGAACGAGUCGCUUUGGGCGAGUGGUGCGUUGGCUGCUUCGCAGACUUUCAAUGUCAAUGCGAGAGGCACGCUGAAGAACGAUGCGACGCAGCUGAGUCUGUGGGCGCAGUGUUCCGGGAGCUCGCCGCCGAGGGUUACGUGGGAUAAUGUUGAUUUGACGCUGAAUCCGGCGUGA